AUGGCUGAUGAAUCCCAGCAUUUGAAGAACUUGCAAGGGCAACUCACCCAAUUGCAGGCUGAGAUGGUUACUAGUGGGGAGAUCGCGCGGUCUGAAUUGCAGAAUCAACGGGCGGCUGUGGAGAAUUUAACCCAACUGGUCCGGAAGCUGUUGGAUGAGCGACCGCGUUCACCCAGGGCAGGGACGGAGUCCAGUCCGCAUUUCCGCAAUUUGGAGCAAGGAAUGAGCAGUGGAGGUUCCCACCAGGAGGGGACUAGUACCGGCGAUGGAAUCAAACCGAAGUCCUUUCGGUUGGAGUUUCCGCGCUUUGAUGGUGAAGACCCGGAGACUUGGUGCUGUCGUGCAGAGCAGUUCUUCGACUUCUAUGGCACUCCCGACAACCAGCAGCUCUCGAUCUCUGCUUUCCACAUGGACGGUAAGGCCCUUGUCUGGUUCCAAGAACUUAAGGCAAGCAACACUAUUACCACCUGGGACGCCCUUGUGAACACUAUGCAAACCCGAUUCGGUCGGGGUCCUUAUGAUGACCCCAUGGAAAAUCUUUCCAACCUGAAACAGGAUGGGUCGUUGGAGGAUUAUAAGAACCAGUUUGAUAUACUGGCUCUUAAGGUCCACAACCUCCCAGAAGCUCACAAGCUGAGUUGUUUCAUAGGUGGGUUAAAGGCGGAUAUCCGCUUACCCCUACGGAUGUUUCAUCCAAAGAAUUUGGUGGAAGCCUAUUCACUUGCCCGAAUUCAGGAGGAGUGUGUGCUCAACUCUGCUAAGAGUGCACGCCCUGUCUGGAAAUCCUCGCAGUUUACCCACUCAUCGCGGAGCAUGAGUUCUGAAUUACCGGUUGGUCCGAUCAGGGGAGCUCCCUGGUCGCACUCCCGAGGCACCCCAAACACUCAGCCUCAGGGCCGCGUUGGUCCUUGUCCUCCGCGGGGCAACCAGCCGAGUCAGGCUCUUGUCCCUGUCCAGAAGAUCACGCAGGCCCAGAUGGAGGACCGCCGCAAGCGGGGACUCUGUUACUAUUGUGAUGCAAAAUGGACCCGAGGACAUGUGUGCUCCACUCCUAAGUUAUUUCUACUGGAAGCAGUGGAGAAGGAAGACGAGCCCCCUGGGAAAACACCCGAGCCUGCAGAAGAAGAUCCGGGCGAUUUUGUCAUGGAAGAGUUCCCGAAGAUCUCGCUAAACGCCAUUACUGGAACGCCUAGCCCUAAAACCAUGCGAAUCAUUGGCAUUAUCAAGUACGGCAAGGCCAUCAUCCUGAUUGAUUCAGGCAGCACCCACAACUUUGUGGAUACGAAGUUGGCUGCUACCUUGGGCAUCCAUCCGUGGCAGCAUGACGGUAUCAUAGUUCAGGUCGCUAACGGGCAGGAAAUCUCCAGUCCAGGUCGCUGUAGGGCUGUCGAAGUUAAGCUUCAGGGCCUGGUCUUCCAGACUGAUUUUUUCUUCAUUCCCCUGGCCGGAUGUGAUGCUGUUCUUGGCAUCCAGUGGCUGCGGACCCUAGGGCCCAUUCUUUGGGACUUCACAGCUCUUACAAUGGCCUUCACGUUUGGAGGAGAACGAUGUCUGCUUCAGGGCUUACAACAGGGCCCCAGCCUGAGUCUGGAAGAUAGUGAAUCCUUCAAGCUCUCCAAACAUGAGAAGAAAGGAGUUCUCCUACAGUUGGUGGGACCAGCCCCACAAGCUCCCCAUCGGUCCUUCACUUCGGAACCCUCCAUCCUGCCAGGCCCCAUUUCUUCGAUCCUCACGGAUUUUGCGGAUGUCUUCCAAGAUCCGCAGGGCCUUCCCCCUCACCAUGCCCACGACCAUUCGAUUCCCUUGCAAGAGGGCGCACAGCCGGUCUCCGUCCGACCUUACCGGUACCCGUACUAUCAAAAAGAGGAGAUUGAAAAGAUAGUGCAAGAACUCUUGGACUCGGGUGUUAUUCGCCCCAGCCACAACCCCUUCUCCUCCCCGGUCUUGCUCGUGCGAAAGGCGGAUGGCACUUGGCGGAUGUGCAUGGACUACCGGGCCCUAAAUCAGGUGACUAUCAAGGACAAGUUUCCUAUCCCUGUGGUGGAUGAGCUAUUGGAUGAACUAUGGGGUGCUAAGGUAUUCUCUAAGCUGGACUUAAGGUCUGGAUACCACCAAAUCAGGGUGGCUGAGGCUGAUAUCCCUAAGACAGCCUUUAGGACUCAUACAGGCCACUAUGAGUUCCUGGUAAUGCCCUUCGGGCUAACCAACGCUCCAUCUACAUUCCAAAGUCUAAUGAACCAUAUCUUCCAACCCUACCUAAGGAGGUUCAUCUUGGUCUUCUUUGAUGACAUCCUGAUUUAUAGUAAGGACUUGGACUCUCAUCUCACUCAUCUCACCCAAACACUAGACCUCCUACGGCAAAACCAACUCUUUGCUAAAAUGUCCAAGUGCCGGUUUGGGUGUUCGGAAAUUGAGUACUUGGGACACAUAGUUUCUGCCAUGGGGGUUUGUGCAGACCCGGGUAAGAUAAGAGCUAUGGUGGACUGGCCAUUUCCUAGAACCCUUAAGGCUUUACGGGGCCUCUUGAGUUUGACAUGGUAUUAUAGGAAGUUUAUUAAGGGUUAUGGCUCCAUUGCUGCACCCCUCACGGAUAUGCUCAGAAAGAACUCCUUCUCCUGGUCUGAACCGGCUAAGGCAGCCUUCCAAGCCCUCAAGGAGGCUGUUACACACGCCCCGGUAUUGGCCUUGCCCGACUUCACUCAGCCCUUCCUUAUCGAGUGUGAUGCCAGUGGCAGAGGGAUUGGGGCUGUACUGAUGCAGGGCAGCCGCCCCAUCGCCUUCUUCAGCAAGGCCCUUAAGGGUAAAGCUCUACACAUGUCUACCUACGAAAAGGAAUUAUUUGCCUUGGUCUUGGCAAUUCAGAAGUGGAGGCCCUAUUUAUUGGGCCAGUCCUUCGUGGUUAAAACUGACCAACAGAGCCUUAAGUUCCUGUUGGAGCAAAAGGUGGGGACCCCGUUCCAGCAGAAAUGGAUUUCGAAACUCGGGUAUGAUUUUGUGGUAGAAUACAAAAAGGGGGUGGAAAAUAGGGUGGAGGAUGCCCUAUCCAGGAAAGAGGGAUGGGAGGAGGAGGAUCCAUCCCUAUCCAUGCUGACUAUUCCCGUGGCCAGCUAG